GAUAGCAAUUAUAUUGAUCUUCUGUGAAGUCUCGCCAUGUCGGUUAGUUUCAUCUCUCCAAUCUAGUACCGUCGUGUAUAUGGAAUUGAUGUACGUGUAUGCGCGUGCGUACAUGGUAGCUUUUGCUUCCAGUCUCUUGGAUCAUAAAAAUAUUCUCCUUUAUAUCAAUGAUUGUGGAGAUGAGAGUGCACGUGGACUGUCCCGGAUGUGAAAAAAAAAUAACAAAAGCCCUUUCAAAAUUAGAUGGUGUGGACAGCAUUGACAUAGAUAUGGACAUGCAAAAGGUGACAGUCACAGGGUGGGCAGAGCAGAAAAAGGUUCUCAAAACUGUAAGGAAGACCGGCCGGACAGCGGAGCUCUGGCCGUUUCCGUACAACCCGGAGUACCACGCCUACUACAGCCACUACUCCGGGAGUCCGGCCAACUAUGCCUACUCGAACGGAUACAGCACUCCAGCAAGUUAUUUCACAGCUGAGACGACCUCCACCUACAACUACCGCAAGCAUGGUUACAACGGCCAUGACCACGGCUACUACCAGCAGCCACCAAGGCCGGACAUCCUUGACAGUCACACUGCAGCCAUUUUCAGCAACGAAAACGCAACUGGUUGCUCUGUAAUGUGAUUAAAUUAAAAGACAAUACAACACUACUGUCUGAGUGCAGUUUCUGUACCUACGCACAUAUUUUGGACUCGUAAGAGUUGCUUUGGUUGACGUCUCCA